UGUGCGGAGCGCCAAACCCAAACUUUUUGACGCGCCGUGUUUCACCUGCAGCCGUUUCUCUGCAGAUAACGAUGGAUUAACGGUUCCUGGCUGCAGCCAUGCUCACACUCUCACCAUCUCGGUUCGUGUUGGGUCGAGCCGCUGCCGAGUCCUCGCGGGGGACCGAUCCGACUUGGAUGCCCUCCACCGCCGUUUCCGCAUUCCCGCAGCCGCCGUGCGCACUGCAGGCGCGGAGCUCAGAUCCAUGAUCUCAACAGAAAAAACCGGUUCCUCCGGCUAAUCUACCCAACUACUGCUGGCGGUGCAUUAUGUGUGCAGCCGGGGGAAGAGAGGGAACCCGGAGGACUGAAGGGCUGUUUGCUGUAGGCCGUCUCCCGCGGACUCACAGAGCCUGAAUCGCGUCUGAUCGAUCGGAUAAAACCCGGACUAACGCCGCCGCGCUCCUUCAUGUCCCGGGAUGGAGAGCUGCUGCCGCUCCUGUAUGCCGUGUCUGAGCCGGCUCUGGGACUGCAUAUGGCCGGACUUCCGCUACCCACACGUCCCCAACAACAACAACCAUGUCAUCGCCAACCCUGCCGCGCAGGCGGCGGAGAUCCGCACCGUGUCCGGGGACAUCCGCGUCCCGUCGCCCAAGAAGCGGCCGGUGCAGCUUUACGCGGCGCUGUUCGACUUCGAGGCCCGCAGCGACGACGAGCUGACGGUGAAGGAAGGCGACAAGCUCUCGGUGAUCGAAAAGCGGGGCGAGUACGUGCUGGCCAAGAAGCUGACCGGGUCCCUGGAGUCCGGACUGAUCCCGGCCAACUACGUGGCUCUGCUGCAGGACGAGUUCGCCAAACACAAGUGGUACUAUGGGAACAUAAACCGAGUGAAAGCUGAGAAGCUGCUGCUGGCGUCCCAAAACAAAGACGGCUCCUUCCUGGUUCGCAUCAGUGAGAGUCACAGUGAUGAGUACACCAUCUCUGCGCGGAGCGAGGGGAAGGUGUACCACUUCAGGAUCCAGCGCUCCUCCAUCGGGGCGUACUUCGUCUCCGAUAAGAUUUCCUUCGCCACGCUGGGAGAGCUGAUCUCCUACUACCAGAAGAGUCCUCGCAGCCUGGGCGUGCUGCUGGUGGAGCCCUGCGCCCAGCAGCGGGAGCUGUUCGACAUGGAGCCGUGGGAGAGGCCUCGAGAGGAGUUCAGGCUGCACAAGAAGCUGGGAGAGGGACACUUUGGAGAGGUGUGGGAGGCUCUGUGGACCACAGAGAAUAGGAAAGUUGCCAUCAAGACGCUGAAGCAAGAGGACACGAAGCAGGACGAGUUUGUGAAGGAGGUUCAGGCGCUGAAGAGCCUCCACCACCCAAAGCUGAUCCAGCUGCUGGCCAUGUGCUCCAGAGGGGAGCCCGUCUACAUCGUGACUGAGCUCAUGAGCAAAGGAAGCCUCAAGUCCUACCUGGCCUCUGCUGAAGGCCAGGUGCUGACAUCAGCUCAUCUGAUCUACAUGGGCAGUCAGAUCGCAGAGGGCAUGGCGUACCUGGAGGACAGGAACAUCGUCCACAGGGACCUGGCUGCCAGGAACGUCCUGGUGGGGGACGACCUCGUCUGCAAGGUGGCCGACUUCGGCCUGGCCCGGAUCAUCAAGGACAGUGUUUAUACAGCCAGUCGAAACACAAAGAUCCCGGUGAGAUGGACGGCUCCCGAAGCUGCGAUCUACCAGCGUUUCUCUGUGAAAUCAGACGUCUGGUCGUUCGGCGUGCUGCUGUACGAGAUGAUGUCACGCGGCAAGAUGCCUUAUGAAGGAAAAAGCAACAAAGAGGUGUUGGAUCUGCUGUCGUCUGGGUUUCGGCUGCCCUGUCCAACACGCUGUCCACAGAAUAUUUAUCGCAUCAUGAUGGACUGCUGGGCCGCCGAGCCAUCCAAGAGACCCUCCUUCCACGCUCUGCACAGCCAGCUGGACACAAUUUACGCCAGGAUAUAUUUCAAGACUAUAGAGGUAUAGGAAGAGGAGCAGGAUGGACUGCAAAUGUGAAGGAAGGAAGGAAACGGGGGCGAGAAAUUUCAAGGAAUAUUCUCCUCCCAAACCACAUCCACAACAGGGUAUAUGUACUUUAAAAACACCGAGCAGUGAAGGACAGAGGGAGGAGAGCAUCAGAAAUGUUCAGGAUGGAGAAGAUGCUCACCAAAUCAAAGAAGAAAAAUGACAAUUAUUUCACUUUUUUUCUCUCUCGGACAAAAAGUAAAAGACUGAAAUCAGCCUGAGAAAAGUGUGUAAAUACACAAACUGAACACUGAAACCCUCAGCACAUUCACGGAACCAACUGUUUUUAAUUUUAUACCCUUUUUGUGUUUUAUAAAUGAUAUUUUAUUACUUCUGUA